UAUGUUAAAACAUACUAUUUAACACAUUUUGAAAAUAUUUAGCUGUUUGUAACUGAGAUUAGAUUUUCUAAUAGUUGUUCAGUAUUUAGUUCUAGCAAUAAAAAAUUAUUUGCAAAUUUUAAAUAGUUAAUAAUUUCUUAUAAAUAAUAUUUUCUUUUGUAAUGUUUUACAUAAUAUUCUGACAAGUAUCAAUAAUUUUAUUUAAUAAUAUUUACUUAAUCAUCAUUAUAACGCUCAUAAUUUUAAUGGCAUGGACUUUUUGUUUCAGAUAUAUGAGUCUCGCUUCAAAGUUUGGUGGUGGCAAGAGAGUUGACCACGCUAAGAGAGGGUCGUAUAGAAGAAGAGUGAUUGGAGCAGGACUAUCCCAUUCGUCAGGUCCAUCGUGGCAUGCUGCAACAUGGAAAAAAAUGUGUGGAAGGAGCCCAGGGAAGUUUUUGAAAAGAAUGUGUUCCAGACGGGAAAAAAUUAGAAUGUGUCUAAAUAACUGGUACAAGAAGACACAGUCGCGCAAAAGAAAAAAAAUCACCACUGCUGCUUCAGAUGAAGAUUACGGAGCCAGCUGCACAGAGCCAGAUAUACCCGAAGUUGAGAUGCAGAACAAGAUGGAAGACUUUCUAAAGAAAUUACAUGAAGACGUUCGUACUCGUGAAAAACAGGUUGCCCUAGAAAGAAAUACAACAAACCAACAUGACUGUGCUUUGUGGAGGGAAACACGCAUCAACCGCCUUACAGCUUCCAGUUUUGGAGCAGUAGUUAGGCGAUUAGAACAUACCUCUUGUCACAAUUUGGUGAAAAAUAUUCUCUUCAAGAAAGAACUCAACACUGAAUCUGUUCAGUUUGGCAGGCUGCACGAAAAAACCGCACUUAAAAAGUACGAAGAAAUUAGUGGCGCAACGACAGAUAAAUGUAGCAUUUUUGUUUCUGAGCAAGUGCCUUACCUUGGUGCUUCUCCAGAUGCUAUCGUAGGGUGUGAUGGUAUUGUAGAAGUAAAAUGCUUUCCAUCAAUAGGAGAAAACAAAUUUUCUGAUAUAUUAAAAGAAAAACGUUUGAAGUGUUUCGAAGAAAAAUAUGGUACAAUGCAAAUAAAAAAAACUCACUCUUACUACUAUCAAAUUCAGGGACAGUUGAACAUUUCAAGAAAGAAAUAUUGUGAUUUUGUGGCAUACAGCUCAAAUGACGUUUUCGUUCAAAGAAUUUUGAGGGAUGAAUCGUUUUGGGAACACACAAUGUUACCUAAGCUAAAAAGGUUUUAUUUAGAAUGUAUGUUGCCUGAAAUAAUUGACAGUCGCAUAAAACGAAAAAUGAAAUGUAGGGAUCCAGAAUACGUGUUGAAAGCUCAAGAAAAAAAAAAAUUCAAUGCACAAACAAGUGUCAGUGUGAAGUUUUGUCAAAGUUUGAAUACUUAGCAGUGCCUAUGGAUUGAAAUAAAUUAUGAUGAAAUUAUCAUUAAUUAAGAAUUAAAUUGUCUUCGAACGUCAUUUUC